AUGGAGGACUUUUUUAUGGUGCUGUUCUUAACUGCCAGUGCAACUGCUAUUUACAGAUGGUCCUUCACAGUCCUCUGGUUCAAAGUUGGUUCUCUAUUUGAGAUUGGAGCAGAAUCGUCAAGCAAGCAAGAUGCGACAUUGCCAAAGUUAGCUAUUGACGAUAGCACUUUUCUAUCCAAACUGUACAGCGAGUAUUCAGUCCCAUCUCAUAAGGUUUUGCAAGCAAUGAGGAUACUGUUUUCGGCAGCAAUGGUGAUCUAUACCAUUACGAUUGAAAUAACACUUUGGCAGAUCAAAACCGCUGAUGUUCAGCAAACCGCAGACUUUAUCACCAAAUGGGUAUGGCCGUUGGUGUCAAUGCUUUUAUCUGCGCUUUUGAUACUCGUCCAACCUCUCUUCAUCGUUAUGUCACUGCUGAACAAGUUCUUCGAGGAGAAGUUUGACCUGGAUAGACUGGUUAUUCUCUCGUGUGGCAUUGUCGCUUUACUCAUAAUGGUUCUUAACUACAUUGCUCUGGGGCCUUUCCAUCAUGCGGAAAGCAUGCUAACGAGGCUUUCAGUCGCAGGGGUUACAAUCAUGGCCAAUCUGGCUGGAGUAGCAUCAACUUCAUCCUUGUACUCAACAUUCUGCACAGUCAAGAGACGGUUUUCCCCAAAAUACAGCAAGCAGAGGAAGCAGUAUUUUACUGAAUCUCUUUUAUGGAUAUCAGACAAGAGCUUGCAAGAGCAGAUAGAACUAUAUCAGAGAGAAAUCCAACACACUAUUGAAACUUUGAAAAAUAUGGAACAAUAUCCCGAAGAAUCCGCAACUGUCACGAAGCAGCAACUCGCAGAAGGUGUAGGUUCAUUAAGAAUGGAGAUAGGAAGGCUUGAAGAAAGGCUUCGGCUUCCUCCGCAUGUAAAAUUUGCUAAAAAAGCCUCCCAUGUUGUGUUCCUGUUCUACUGUAUCCAUAAGACAGUUACAGUUUUCACCAGGACGAUACCGCAUCUCUUCAGUACAAGCAGCAAAGAUACAGAAUGGACUACAGAUCCUCUUGCCAUCUCGAUUGCUAACAUCAUGGAUUUGUUGCUCUUUCGUUUCCAAUAUCAAUACGAAGUUGAUUCGCUGACGAAGCAGAUUUCGCUAAUACUAUCGAUAUCCUUGUUCGUGUGCUCCCUAUCUACCGUUGCAACAACUAUAUCCUUCCUAAUUGCACUGCUACCUAAUAGGAUUCGUGUUUUAGCAAUGUAUGUUAUGCAAAACAGCACAAACUUUGAAGAGCUUCCAUCGUAUAAUAAACGUCCAAGCAAAAGGAGCCAAAAGAAAUCACCAUCGAUCAUUAAGAAUCUGAUCGUUUCAGAGCUGGCAGGAAUUUAUGUCGUGGCAACUCUAUUGUCUAUCCGAUCAAACUUACCGUUCGAUGUUUCAGAGAAGGUAAAUGAACUUUUGGAUGAACGAUUUACUGUCGCGAAUGUGGUUAUAGACAAAUGGUUUGAGCUCAUAUAUGCAAUCUCGUGCAUCUCAACCUUCGUUUGCAUCAAACUCGCUGAACGAACCGCAUCACUACCGCAUUCCUGGGCCAGGACAAGUGCCUAG